AUGGAUGCCUGGACUGCUUUCGGAAAUUUCAAAGCGACCUUCACCACUUUGGGAACAAAGGGUCGUCUUGGCCCGACUGACCUGGGACAGCACUACAGCGGACAGGACCAUGACGGUCUGGUGACACUCAACAACGGGAUCCAACACUUCACAGUCAAACACACGGGAACUUACCAGAUAGAAGCAGCAGGUGAUGUGCUGAAGAUCCUUGUCGGACAGGAGGGUGGGUGGAUGGAAGAACAUGCAUGUUACUUCUUCAAAGGUGCAGGUGGGGGUGGAGGGACGUUUGUCACCCGGGACGACAACACUCCCCUCAUCAUUGCAGGCGGCGGGGGCAUAACCAGCUCGACUGGAUGUGGAGAGUUUCUGAGGGCUUCCUCGGGAGGCCCUAUAACGUCGCCGAACUAUCCCAAUGACUACGGCAGCUAUGAGAACUGCGUGUGGUCAAUCACUGUACCAGAGGGAAGCAUCAUUCGUCUCACGUUCGACAGUUUCAAAACUCAGGACGAGUUUGACGUUCUGACCAUCAUUGAUGAUGCGAAAGUUGUACAAAGGUUAUCAGGUUACCACCAACAAAUCAGCCCUGUGAUCAGCAUAUCUAAUACGAUGUUACUGAAGUUUACAUCUGACGGAAGUAUGAACUAUCAGGGAUUCCGGUUCUCGUACAUAAGCAGUACUGCAGGUCAAUGCUGGGAUCCAGGCUUGCCCACCAAUGGGAUCAGGGAUACCAACGGUAACUUUACAUCAGGACAGACAGUCAGAUACACCUGUGUUUCCAAUUACCUGCUGUCCGGGACUGCCAAUAUAACCUGCCAUUCAAACGGAACAUGGAGUGAUGCUACACCUACUUGCAAACAGGGAUAUAAGCUGACGGCUCCCUCGGGUGGCCCUGUCACGUCACCAAACUAUCCUAGUGUCUAUGGAAACAACGAAAACGUCGAGUGGUCCAUAACCGUACCAGAAGGAAGCAUCAUUCGUCUUACCUUCGACAGUUUCCUCACUCAGUCAGGCUUUGACUUUCUCACCAUCUACGACGGAGCAAGUAACAACUCCGAAGUGCUACAAAGGUUGACAGGUUACCAUCAACAAAUCAGCCCCAUCAUCAGCACAUCUAACAUGAUGUUCCUGAGGUUUACAUCUGACGACAGUGUCACCCGUCAGGGGUUCCAGUUCUCCUAUAUAAUGGGAGGUAGCCUGACGGCUCAUUCUGGAGGCCCUUUUACGUCACCCAACUAUCCUAGUAACUAUGGCAGUGAUGACAAUUACGAGUGGUCCAUAACCGUACCAAAAGGAAGCAUCAUUCGUCUCACGUUCGACAGUUUUGAAACUUUGAAGGGUUUUCACUUUCUAACCAUCUACGAUGGAGCCAGUGCUAAUGCUACAGAGUUACAAAGGUUAUCAGGUCGCCUUCAUCAAAUCAGCCCUAUCAUCAGCACAUCUAACAUGAUGUUACUGAAGUUUACGUCUGAAGGCUAUUUGAGUAUAAACCCUGGAGUCCCUCUCACCGGUCAGGGGUUCCAGUUUUCUUACAUAAGUAAUACUGCAGGUCAAUGCUGGGAUCCCGGUGUGCCUGCCAAUGGAAACAGGGAUAACAACAGUAACUUUACAUCAGGACAGACAGUCAGGUACACCUGUAUAACCGGUUAUCAGCUGUCAGGGAAUGCCAAUAUAACCUGCCAGUCGAACGGGACAUGGAGUGAUGCUACACCAACUUGUGAAGGUAAUGAAAAAAUGACAUUGACCCUGACUGGUCCCUCUGGAGGCCCUGUGACGUCACUUAACUAUCCCAGUAACUAUGGCAACAAUGAGAACACCGAGUGGUUGAUCACUGUACCAAAAGCAAGCAUCAUUCGUCUCACGUUCGACGGUUUCUCGACUGAGUCCCAAAAUGACUUUUUAACAAUAUACGAUGGAGCCAGUAACAACGCCAAACAGUUACUAAGGUUGACAGGUCACCGUUCUAAAAUCAGCCCCAUCAUCAGCACAUCUAACAUGAUGUUCCUGAGGUUUACAUCUGACGACAGUGUCACCUAUCAGGGGUUCCAGUUCUCCUAUAUAAUGGGUGUCAGCCUAACGGCUCCUUCUGGAGGCCCUGUGACGUCACCCAACUAUCCUAGUAACUAUAACAAUAAUCAGAGGUGCGAGUGGUCCAUAAUCGUAGCAGAAGGGAGCAUCAUCCGGCUGUCGUUCGACAGUUUCAACACACAGCUGAGAUUUGACAUUCUUACCAUCUACGAUGGAGCCAGUGAUGACGCUACAGUGUUACAAAGGUUAUCAGGUUACCAUCAACAAAUCAGCCCCAUCAUCAGCACAUCUAACAUGAUGUUCCUGAGGUUUACAUCUAACUACUAUUACACCAGUCAGGGGUUCCAGUUCUCCUACAUAAGCAGUACUGCAGGUCAAUGCUGGGAUCCAGGUUUGCCCACCGAUGGGACCAGGGAUAACAACAGGAACUUUACAUCAGGACAGGCAGUCAGAUACACCUGUAUGGAUGGGUACCAUCUUUGGGGGACUGCCAAUAUAACCUGCCAGUCUAACGGGACAUGGAGUGAUUCUCUACCAACUUGUGAAGUUCCUUACACACUGAAAAUGGGGGCCAGCCUGACGAGUCCCUCUGGAGGACCUAUGACGUCACAAAACUAUCCGAAUAACUAUGGCAACCAUGAAAACGUCAGAUGGUUGAUCACUACUCCAGAAGGAAGCAUCAUUCGUCUCACGUUCGACAGUUUCGAAACUAAAAAAUAUGACAUUCUGACCAUCUACGAUGGAGCCAGUGAUGAUGCAGGAGUGUUACAAAGGUUAUCAGGUUACUAUCAUCAAAUCAGCCCCAUCAUCAGCACAUCUAACACUAUGUUCCUGAGGUUCACAUCUGACUGCUGUCAGACGAGUAAUGGAUUCCAGUUCUCCUACAUAAGUAAGGCCGUACUGCAGGCCAAUGCUGGGAUCCGGGUGUGCCAGCCAAUGGGGUGA